GUUUCACAUCGCUCAAUCACGUCGUUACUUCUCGACAGUUGAAUUACAUAUAUCUAUCCUAAAAUGGCAAAUCCAGAAACGCAAGAAAUUUUGAAAAAUCUGAGUAAACUACUGUCAGAUACUUCAUAUGGAAGUUCUCCGAAAAGUCAACAAGAAGCUGUUAGAUUGAGUAAGGCUCUUACAGCAACUAUUGAGGCGCCGGAAAAUGUUGCUAUGGAGCUUGCUUUCUCGACAUUCAUACCCAUGAGCGCCCGAAUCACAGUAGAUCUCAAUCUUUUCGAGCAUAUUGUUAAAUAUGAGCCUGUUAACGUAGCAAAAUUGGCAGAGCUAUCAGGUGCGGAAGAAUUGUUGUUAAUUAUUUAUACACUUCUCUAUUUGCACAUUGAUUAUAGAGAAACCAAGGGAACUAAUAAGAGAGUAGAAAGAAUAUUGAGACCUCUCGCCUCUACAAGUUUCGUCAAGGAAGUGGAUGAGGAAACUUGGGGGGCUACCCCUAUUACAAAAGCUAUGACACAGAAGGGUAUUGCGGCUGACGCCCUUCACGCCCCUCGCUAUUUUCUCGAAACGAGCCACACCUCCCCCACAAAUCCCCACGAUGGCCUCAUGCAAUACGCGCACGGAACUAAGCUCCAAAGUUUCGAUUACUUUGGUACCAUGCCUGGGAACGUGCUUGGUGAUUUUAAUACAUUUAUGGGAAAUACGAUGGGAGCACGAAAAUAUUGGUUGGAUUGGUGGCCGGUAGAGGAGAGGGUUUUUGAGGGGGUGGAAGGGGCGGAUAAUACGUUUUUGGUGGAUGUGGGUGGAGGGAAGGGCCACGAUAUUAUGGCUUUUAAGGAAAAAUUUGGGAGAAGGGAAAAAGGGGUGGGGAGAUUGGUCUUGCAAGACCAACCGCAUGUUUUGGAGGAGAUUGGCGAGGAAUCUACUUCUAUCACCACAUUCUCCACGACUGGUCCGACUACAAAUGUCUCGAAAUCCUCCGUGUUCUUAAAAAACGCAAUGAAACCAAAUUACUCAAAGCUCAUUAUCCAUGAGAUGAUCGUGCCGGAAUCAGGGGCGUCAACAUAUCAUGCGCUUUUGGAUUUGACUAUGAUGGCUUUUAAUGGGGGGAUCGAGAGGACGGGGAAAGAAUGGAGGAAGUUGCCUGUAAAAGCAGGGUUUGAAGUCACGGGUAUUUGGGUUCCGGAGGUGAGUUGA